AUCGUUUUGGUACUUUGGUUUCCAUUCUGCAGCUCUAAAUCUUUUCAGCGUAACUAGAAAUUUGAAGUGUUCGUACACAGGCAUAACGAAUAUUACGAAGGGUAUACAAAACGGGCAGAGGAGCACACAUAGACACUACGCCAAGCGUGUUCAACAGUUCAAGAAAUAGUCGUCGAAAAUGAACAACAUGAAAUCAAGAGGCUCGGGCUCGUCCAGACAUCAGCCACGCCGUGGUGGUAUCAGUAGUGGUAGUGGUGCAAAGUCUACUGAUAUCAAUAGUAGUUUUCUGGGUUCUGCAUCCGAAGUUUCAACCAACGAUGAUGAUGCGUGCGUUGUCUGCUUCAAAAAUGUGGAAAUUUAUUCUAUUGGCGAUUGUGACCAUCCAGUUUGUUAUGAAUGCUCCACCCGCAUGAGAGUAUUGUGCGAACAAAAUGAGUGUCCCAUAUGCCGGCAUGUCUUGUCCAAGGUUUUGUUUACAGUCGAGAAACUGCCCUAUCGCGAACUUGAAGCCAGCAAUCGCUCAGAUCUAUACAGUAAAAAGUUUCGCAUUGCCUUCUCGAGCCCCGAAAUUCAACAGAAAUUUUUUCAGCUGCUUGAUCACCCAUGUCCCAAGUGUGAGGUGCCACCGUAUCGCAACUUUCAAGCCCUGCGCAAUCAUGUUUAUAGAGAACACAGCCUGUGGUAUUGUGAUUUGUGCAUCGACAAUUUAAAAAUAUUUACGUUUGAGCGGCGCUGUUAUACCAAGGCAGAAUUACAACAACACAACACCAAAGGUGAUCCCGACAAUCGUUCGCAUCGCGGCCAUCCACUCUGCGAGUACUGCAAUAAGCGCUACGUAGAUCGUGAUGAGCUUUUCCGUCACCUCCGUCGCGAGCAUUUCUUCUGUCACUUUUGUGAUGCCAACGGGUGCAACGAGUUUUACAAUGUCUACGAUGACUUAGCGCAGCAUUUCCGCCAAGCACACUUUUUGUGCGAGGAGGGUAAGUGUGCCACCGAGCAGUUUACUGGCGCUUUUCCCAACGAGAUUGAGUAUAAGGCGCAUGUAGCCAGUGUGCAUGGCAAAUCGCUGAACAAGCACCAAGCCAAGCAGACACGUACCCUGCAGUUGGAAAUUACUUUGGGACCACGUAAACCACGUAAAAUGGAACGUAAUGACGAAACCCAAAACUUCAUGGAUGAAAUGCCAUCGACCAGCACGCAGCGUGGACAUGUUAACAUUGAUGCCGGCAAUCAGGAUGAAUUCCCCUUACUGGGUGGUGUUACGGCAACCCCUAAUGUGUCCUUGGUUGGCCCACCACCGCCAUCAAUGCGCAAUCUUAGCGGUACUUCAGGACUUGCGCGCACGAAAGAAAACUUUCCGGCACUCGGUGGAGGGGGCGGUAGUAUUAGCAAUGGCGUCACUCCCUUCAGAGGAUCUAAUUCAAGCCAACCGGUUUCAGCAGUCUUUAAAAAGCCUUUAAGUGCUUCCGGAAAUUCAAGUGGGGCUGCUCGUACCGGUGCUGCGGCCAAUGGUAUGGUUUUACAUGUUUCAAACCGCCCGGGCGCGAAUAGUGGGAAAAAGUCCACGGAGAUAGACUUUCCGGCACUAUCUGGAGGAAAAGGCAAGAAAUCAGUCCGCAAUUUAGAAGAAGACAUGUUGCCAAACAGCUCAGGAGUCCCUAUUACUAAUGUGGCGGCAAAACAUCGUACUCUGGUUGAGGAUUAUGUGUCGGUUGCCAAUCCGAGCACUUAUCAAAAGUUACAAAUGGUACACAAGGAGGAAAUGGAGGCUAAAUUACGUUUGGAAGCUCAGAAGAAGAUUGCUCCAAAACUAACUAACGCCGACUUUCCAACACUUGGGCCAAGUAGCAACAAGCCGAUUAAUGUAAAUAUAGGAAAUAUCGGAAAAACAACAUCGUUAAAUUGGUCAAAGCCUAUAUCGGAGAAGAAGCAAAGAGAGUUGGAAAAUCGCAAGGCAAAAGUGGCGCCAGCACCAAUUCUUACCACUGCAAAGGGCUCUAAUAACAACAGCAUUGGCAAUGGGAACAAAUCCAAUAAUGACAAUCAAUUGAGCAAGAAGGAUAAGAAGUCUAAGGACAAGAAACAUAAUCAGGAAAACCAACCAAAAGUUAAUGGUCCCAAGCAAAAGGAAAAAAACAACAACGAACAAAAACAGGUGGCCAUAUCAUCCCAAGACAGCUCAUCAAACACUACGCGUGUCCCGCCUGGAUUUAAUAGUAGCUCCACACUUCAACCUCCGCCUGGGUUCAUGUCGAAUGUUACUGUCAAUUCAGUGGCAAAGCUGCCAAAUAAUUUAACCUUCACUUCAUCCUUGGGCGAGACCUACAACGUUAUUCCAAGUACUCAUAAGUACAGCGAUCCGGAAGACAUCACUGCCAGGAAUCAACGACUGGUGGACCAAUUAAGCCAUAUCCUAAAAUCACCUGAAGCACUAACCGAAUUUCGUUGUCUAUCGCAAAAGUUUAGGAAUGGAACCUGCAAUGGACAAGCAUAUUACGAACACUGCCAAGCCGCGCUGAACGACAAAUUUUACAAAUUAUUUCCAGAGCUUUUAGCUAUGCUGCCAGACAUAGCCAAGCAACAAGAGCUUUAUCUUGUGCACCAACAGCAUAUAAAUACACUAACGCCUUCCCAGCGCAAGUCAUUAGCAAGUUUGGAAGUUUGCAGUACUUGUAAGCAGGUUGUACUUGCCAGCGAUGCUAAAAGCCACCGCAAAGAGCACGACCUGAAAAAAAAAUUCCCAACACUGGGAAGCGCAUCGUCCAAUGGUGUAGCCGGUGCUCAACAAAAUUCACAACGUAAAUAAAUAAAUCGGGUACUUCAAGAGCAGACUACAAAUGUCUUUAAGGGUUUGAUAGUAGGAUGAAAGUUAAGAAAAUGUAGUUAUGUUGAUCGAAAAAAAGCUUUAUAAAUGUAUAUUUUUUUAAUCUAUUUCGAGUACGACGCUCCCACGUAAAAAUCAACAUCAAUGCGGGUGUUGUGUAUCGAACUCAAAUGUGAAAGCAGCUUGACUAAAUGUAUCCGUAUAAUUAGGUUGAUAAAUAUGUUGUAACGUUUGAAACGUUUUGAGUUUAUAGUACAGUAAA